AUGAAGUCUUCAAAGCUGAAAAAAACUCUUCUGGUUUAUUUCACAGCGUGUUUAUUAAUCGCCAUUGUUUCCGGCGCCGAUCUAGCUUCCGAUAGAGAAAGUCUGCUGACGCUGAGAAAAGCAGUUGGAGGACGAACCCGAUCAUGGAACGCGUCGGAGACGAACCCGUGUUUAUGGUUUGGCGUUUCCUGCGCAAACGAGAGAGUCACGUCGUUGAGAUUACCGGGGAUGGCUCUCUCCGGUGAGCUUCCGGUUGGUUUAGGAAACCUCACUGAAUUGCAGACGCUUUCUCUAAGGUUCAACUUGUUGACUGGAUCAAUUCCUUCGGAUUUUUCAAAACUGGUUUCUCUCCGAAGCCUUUACCUUCAGAAUAAUUUUCUCUCCGGCGAGGUUCCUGAAUUUGUGUUUGGGUUGCGGAAUUUGAUACGGUUGAGUUUAGCUUAUAAUAAUUUCAGCGGUGAAAUUUCUUCUGGUUUCAACAACCUCACUCGUUUGGAUACACUGUCUUUGGAACAAAACCGGUUCACCGGUUCUGUCCCGGACCUUAAUGUUCCUCCUUUGCAUGUAUUCAACGUGUCCUAUAAUAAUUUAACCGGGCCGAUUCCGUCGAGGUUUUCGCGUUUAGAUAUAAGCGCUUUUUCGGGAAAUUCGCUUUGUGGGAAUCCCCUUCAAGUACUUUGUCCAGGAAACAAUGACAGCAACAGUAAAAAUGGAUUAUCUGGUGGAGCUAUUGCUGGUAUUGUAAUUGGUUGUGUUUUUGGUUUUUUGUUGAUUCUGGUUCUUUUGGUGUUCUUGUGUAGAAAAAGAACAAAAAGUGAUUCUGAUAAUGUAGCACAUGCCAAGAGUGUUGAUGUUGAAAAUGGUGCUGGUGCUGGUGAUGGUGGUGUGAGUAAUUCAGGUUCGGGUUCUGCUUCGGUUUCAGCUUCGGGUGUAUCAUUACAAAAGAGUUUGGUGUUUGUUGGGAAUGUGACUAGAAAGUUUAGUUUAGAAGAUUUGUUAAGAGCUUCUGCUGAAGUUUUGGGAAAAGGGACAUUUGGAACAGCUUAUAAGGCAGCAUUGGAUAUGGGAGUGACUGUGGCUGUGAAAAGGUUGAAGGAUGUUACUGUAAGUGAAAGGGAAUUCAAGGAGAAAAUGGAGGAGGUAGGAAAAUUGGUUCAUGAGAAACUGGUCCCACUUAGGGGUUAUUAUUAUAGUAGAGAUGAAAAGCUUGUUGUGUAUGAUUACAUGCCAAUGGGAAGCUUAUCUGCACUCUUACAUGCAAAUAAUGGAACUGGAAGGACUCCACUAAAUUGGGAAACAAGGUCAACCAUAGCCCUUGGUGCUGCACAAGGGAUUGCAUACCUACACUCACAAAGUCCAACAUCUUCUCAUGGAAACAUCAAGUCAUCAAACAUCCUUCUCACCAAAUCUUACGAGUCUCGUGUCUCAGACUUCGGCCUCGCGUAUCUCGCUCUUCCAACCGCUACGCCCAACCGAGUUUCUGGUUACCGUGCACCAGAGGUCACCGAUACCCGCAAAGUCUCCCAAAAAGCAGAUGUCUACAGCUUCGGCAUUAUGCUUCUGGAGCUUCUCACAGGAAAAGCUCCUACUCAUUCUACGCUGAACGAUGAAGGAGUGGACCUACCGAGAUGGGUCCAGUCGAUCAUUCAAGACGAAUGGAACACUGAUGUUUUCGACAUGGAGCUUCUGAGAUACCAGAAUGUCGAGGACGAAAUGGUGAAACUUUUGCAGCUUGCUCUUGAAUGUACUGCUCAAUAUCCUGAUAAGAGACCUUCCAUGGAUGUGGUUGUAAGGUUGAUUGAGGAAAUUUGUCAGCCUAGUAUAGAGAAAGAGCAAGAAGAGAUUAUUGAGGAUUCAUGA